AUAUUUGCUGCAUUCUCCACCAAGUGGGAACUGGGAAGUCUGGAUAUUGUGACGUUAUUCCAACAUGACUGCGCUGGUCGUGAAAAGUGAAAAACAACAGAAGUGAUUUAAGGUGUUUAAGCCGUCUUUUGAGUUUCCGUUUAGAUGUGAAAUCGUUAAAUAAUAUAUUAAACCUCAGUGAUUGAAAUGUUAAGUCGCUUUAUGUUCGAGUUUUAUUUAAUUUUUAAAUUAAACCGCGCUUUCGUGUGAUUUCCGGCGGUGUUAACAGAUUCAUCCCAUUCACUUUAACAACACGUUAACAACAAUCCUUUUAACUCCAGUUUCACGCCAGAUUACUGCGAGUAUUCGGGUUAUUUCCGACUUCGGAGUUCACGUGAACGCUCUAAAGCCGGAAGUAGGUUAGACAGUUCCGAGUUAUCCUGAACACACACACAUAAAGCACAGGAAGUGCCUCCGAGUGAGCUUGUUGAAAAUGUAUACAAAUUUAUAUGUAUAUUUUUUUUAACAAAAAAAACAGCAUUUUUGCUGUGUUUCUAUAUUUUUGUUGCGCUUUUUUAGUUUUCACAAAGGAGGAAGUGAAAGUAUCCAAACAGGUGAGGCGUUAGUCUUGGCCACGCCCAUCCCGGAAAAUUGGCGAUAUUUUGAUUUUAAGGUGACGUGGAUACCGCAGCUAGUCGCCUCCUCUUGAGGCGUUUGGAUGCGGUACAGAAGUAAACCGACCUGUUUUUUUGGUUGGGUUUUUUUUUUUUUUUGGGUUAAGAUAUGUGGAUACAUGUACAUCUUCAGUAGUGACUAUACGGAGAUAAAGAAAGAACACCACUGCUUUUCCUGCCCCCGAGGAGGAUUUCUGGAUUCCAGGCAGCGGAAACAGGGACCACGAUGGCGACUCCAGGCUGGAUCCUGGGCUCUCGGCUACUUCUUCUGUGCCUUCUGUUCCUACAACUUGCCUGGACAGCCACUUACAAGGAAGGCGAUCCCGUCAUGCUUUACGUGAAUAAAGUAGGGCCUUACCAUAACCCCCAGGAAACCUACCAUUAUUAUACCCUCCCUGUCUGCAGACCCAAAGAGGUGCGCCAUAAAGCCUUAAGUCUGGGAGAGGUUUUGGAUGGCGACAGGAUGGCAGAGUCUUUAUACAACAUCCACUUCAGGGAGAACAAUGAAAGACAAACAUUAUGUCAGCUCACGCUGUCCGAGAAAGAGGUGGAUCAGUUGAGAGAAGCAAUCGAAGAGCUGUAUUACUUUGAAUUUGUCCUGGAUGAUAUUCCAAUCUGGGGCUUUGUGGGAUAUAUGGAGGAAAGUGGUUUCCUGCCUCACAGUCACAAGGUUGGGUUGUGGACCCACUUGGACUUCAAUAUUGAGUACAAUGGCAACUCUGUGAUCUUUGCCAACGUGUCUGUUAAAGAUGUGAAGCCGGUGCCUCUGGAGGAGGGAGGACAUGACGGGGUAAACAGCAAUAGUGGAGGUCUCUCGGUGACCCACACCUACAGCGUCCACUGGUUCGAGAGCUCCUUGCCCCAUUCGCGCAGAGCCGAGCGCCUCCGAGACUACUCCUUCUUCCCGAAGACUCUGGAGAUCCACUGGCUGUCAAUCAUCAACUCGUUGGUGCUGGUGGUGCUGCUGCUAGGCUUCGUUAUCAUAAUCCUUAUGAGGGUGUUAAAGAACGACUUUGCCAGAUAUAACGUAGAAGAAGAUGGAAGCUGCGACGAUCUGGAUCAGGGUGAUAACGGCUGGAAGAUCAUUCACACAGAUGUCUUUCGAUUUCCAUCAAACAAAAGCUUGCUGUGCGCCGUGCUUGGAGUAGGAGCUCAGUUUCUUACUUUGGCCACUGGAAUCAUCAUCAUGGCAUUGCUAGGGAUGUUUAACGUUCAUCGGCAUGGAGCCAUAAACUCUGCAGCGAUCGUACUGUAUGCGCUGACUAGCUGUGUGUCGGGAUACUGCUCGUGUAGCUUCUACACCCAGAUCCAUGGCCACCGCUGGGUUUGGAACAUCAUCCUCACCUCCACCCUUUUCUCCGCCCCUCUCUUUCUGACCUGGAGUGUAGUAAACUCUGUACACUGGUGGAGUGGUUCCACACAGGCACUCCCCGCAUCUACAGUGCUCCUGUUGCUAGGGGCAUGGGUGCUAGUGGGUUUUCCCCUUACAGUCAUUGGGGGAAUUGUGGGGAAGAACCGGGCCGGCAGCUUUCAGGCUCCGUGUCGUACACGCAACAUUCCCCGCCAGAUCCCAGAGCAGCGCUGGUACAAACACACAGCUGUGCACAUGGCCAUCGGAGGAUUCCUGCCUUUCAGUGCCAUCUCAGUGGAGCUCUACUACAUAUUUGCGACCGUGUGGGGUCGGGAGCAGUACACGCUUUACGGCAUCCUGCUCUGCGUCUUUGCCAUCCUGCUGUCUGUGGGAGCCUGCAUCUCUGUGGCGCUCACCUACUUCCUGCUUUCGGGCGAAGAUUACCGCUGGUGGUGGCGAAGCAUCCUGAGUACGGGAUCCACCGGCCUAUUCAUAUUUGUCUACUCGCUUUUCUACUAUUGGAAUCGAUCGAGCAUGAGCGGUCUAGUGCAGAGCAUGGAGUUCUUCGGCUAUUCCUUACUCACCGCGUUCGUGUUCUCACUCAUGCUUGGGACUGUUUCGUUCUGGGCCUCGCUGGCAUUUAUCCGUUACAUCUAUCGCAGCCUGAAGAUGGACUGAACGAUGCUGGCUGUAAUAACAUUCAUGCACUAGCCCCCCCACCCCACCCUUUUCUUUUUUUUCUACCCCCCCUCCCCGUCGCCGGACGCUUCGUCGUGAAGCUGUUUUUCGGACGUCAAAAUAGAAGAGGGUUAUUUUUCCGGGAAAUGGAGUAUAAACCGUCUCUUUAAAACAUUUUGUGAUUUUUUUUUUCUCGAAGAGAGACCGACGCUUGAUGACAUAGUUUAGUUAAAUUAUACGAUAUACGACGUGCAUCUGAACGACAUGAAAGCAGAGUGGGAAACUACUGCAUGUUCAUUUGUUACUCCGUUGCACCAAAAGUUUACUGAAAUUGAAUCUGACUUGUUUAGUAAUGGUAUUUGGUUUGUCCAGUGCAUAGUGCAUACAAUACUCAGAUGAACAGUUUAAAAUGAAAUCACAGAAGUAGUACUUUAUAGGUUCAGAAAUCAGAAAAUGGUUUAAUGUAUAACUUAUGGGAUGUAAGUGUCAUAUCGAUGGUGGAUGUAUGUAUGUAUGUGUGUAUAUAUUGUACAUACAUAUAUAAAUGCAUAUGUGUUAAAUUUCGGGGGGUUUUACGUGGCAUGGACAAUAAGGUUGUGGCAUUGAGUUGCGCGUCAAACGUUCAUAAAGGGAAUAGUUUUAGAAAGGAUAUUUAUGACGACGAAGUGGGAAAAAAAUCAGACCAACAAGAAAGAAACUAGCAAAAGUAGAAGUUCUUGAAACUAUUUAUGCUAAUGUUAAAUCUGUUUAUAGCAGUAUUGGAUAACUAAGCAUAAUUAAAUAUACAAAACAUGAA